AUUCCUUCCAACUUUCAUCAACCAAAAAACUUCAACUCUCUCCAAGUACAAUAACCCCUCAACAUUCAUCAACAAUCAAUAGUCAACUGAUCAUCAUCACAACCGCCGGCAAAAGAUCGAAGUGAUGGACUCUGAGUCAGAGAUCGACGUGCCUCCAUUCUUCCUCUGCCCGAUCUCCCUCCAGAUAAUGAAGGAUCCGGUCACCCUCCCCACCGGUAUCACAUACGACCGCGACUCCAUCGAGCGGUGGCUCUUCUCCUCCUCCGCCGCCGCCAACGGCAACAACAAUAAGACGUGCCCCGUCACCAAGCAGCCCAUCCCGCCGGACGCCGACCUAACCCCCAACAUCAUCCUCCGCCGCCUCAUCCAGUCCUGGUGCACCCUUAACGCCUCCCACGGCUUCCACCGCAUCCCCACUCCCAAACCACCCGCCAGCCGGGCACAGAUCUCCAAGCUCAUCCGCUCCGCCACGUCAUCAUCCUCACAUCACAGUCAGAUCAAGUGCCUCAGGCAGCUCAAGUCCUUAGCAAAGGAAAGCGAGGCCAACAAGCGCUCCAUCGAGUCGGCCGGAGCCGUCGACUUCCUCAUCUCGGUCGUGGUGAAUUUCAACCACGACUCGGAGCUGGACUGCAUCGAGCAGUUCGGCUCCAGCCCUUGCGACGAGGCUCUGAGCCUCCUCCAUGGGCUCCGGAUCCCGGAGCCCGCGCUGAAGGACCUGGUAUCCAAAUCCACGCUCCACGUCGCGGACCCGCUCCGGAUCAUCGGGAUCCGAACCGGAUUUUUUGGCGAGGUGGUCCAGCUGGUGAGGGACCAAAUAUCGAAGCAGGCGUCCAAGGCCGCAUUGGGAUUGCUGAUCGAGAUGUGCCCCUGGGGGAGGAACCGCGUCAAGGCGGUGGAAUCCGGCGCCGUUUCGGUCCUCGUCGACCUGCUCCUCGACUCGUCGGAGCGGCGGGCCUGUGAGAUGGCGCUGGCCGCGCUGGACGUGCUGUGCCAGUGCGCGGAAGGGAGGGCGGAGUUUGUGAAGCAUGCCGCCGGAUUGGCGGUGGUGAGCAAGAAGAUACUGCGCGUCUCCGCGGUGGCGACGGAGAAAGCGGUGAGGAUUUUGCUUUCGGUCGGGAAGUCGUCGGCGACCGCCGCGGUGUUGCAGGAGAUGCUGCAGAUUGGGGUGGUGGCGAAGCUGUGCCUGGUGCUGCAAGUGGAGAGCAGCGGGAGGGCGAAAGACAAGGCGAGGGAGGUUUUGAGGCUGCACGCGCGCGUGUGGAAGAACUCGCCUUGUGUGCCGGCGACUUUGCUCUCUUCUUAUCCGGCUUCCUGAGGUUUACGUUGGUGAAAGAAAAAAAAAGUACUAGUACUGGUACAAAUUUAGAAAAGAUUGACAGUGAAUUAUAAUAGGAGUUACAGAUUCAUUUUUUCUGUUUUCUGGAUUGAUCAUAUAUAUAUAGCUCCGGAUGUACAGAUUUAUACACAAGGCAUAAAAUUGUGCCCUUCUUAAUGAACAAAUUUUUCUUCU